GCAGGUGUACCCACCAAUUCAAACAACACGGUUACACGCUAACUCCGAGAAAAAAAAUCCCCAAUUCUCCUCAAAUUAGGGUUUCGAAUCGUUCGCAGCACUUUGAACAAAGUCCUCUCCCUUUCGUCACGAAUUUGAUUUCAAAAACCAAUCGAUUCCCACGCGAUGCCGUCGUUCUCGUCGAUCAUCCCCUUACUUCUCCUAUUACUAUUCUGCUUGAUCGGCAUUCAAGCAGCGGACGAUCUCCCGGAGAAAUCAAGCGGCGACGUCUGCGGCACGGUUUCGGACCCUGGCGGGUGUCCAAUAAACUGUUUCCGGGCGGAUCCGGUUUGCGGAGCCGAUAGAGUCACGUACUGGUGUGGCUGCCCCGACGCAGCGUGCCAUGGAGCUCGUGUAGUCAAAAAAGGACCUUGCGACGCGGAUAACGCGGGAACCGCUUCUGUUCCUGGUCAAGCUUUGUUAUUGAUUCAUAUCGUCUGGCUCUUCUUGCUUGGACUCUCUCUUCUCGUCGGCGCUUUCUGAUCUCAAGAGUUAAUGGAUUAGAGAAGGAAAUUGAUCCCAAUUCGUUUAGUAGCUUCUUCUUUGUCACACUUGUGUUUGAGAUGAUUCAUGCUCUGUAGAUCACACGUUGAAUUGUUUUGCCUCUGUGUUUAUCUGUGUAAUGUUGAGUUAAUUUCAUCUUUAAUGGACUGUUUCUUUUAAAAGGAUUGUUUUGUUUUUUGUUUCGUUUGUCAUCAUAGUAGCAGUAAGAAUGUGGUUUGAGACAUGAUCCAUGGAGAUUGGGCAUGAUAAAGGUUUUACCUUUUAGACAUGAUCAUUUGUUAAAGAGUAGCCAUGCAAAUGAGGAUGCUUUCCUCUAGCUUGAGCUUCAAAUCCUCAAAUGCUUUGAAUCAUCGGUUUAAUAAAUGGUUUCUCU